AUGUCCAACCAAGUGCCAAAGCGGCUCCCCCGAAACAACAGGCUAAAGAAGUAGGGGAGACAACGACAGAGAUAGUGAUGAUCACUGUUAGUAAUGAAUCAGAGGGAAUGUCUCCCCUUUGGCUUCCUUCUCCCACUCUUCCCAUGCAUCCCAGAUAUCCUUCCAUCAUCGGCACCCCCAUCAUCAAUAUAGGUGGGCCCGAGUUUGGGGUACUCUAUGAAAUCCUUGGU